UUUUUUGACCGCGGGACGCAAGUCGUAUGAUGCCGUGUGUUCACGAACCCCCGAUCUUAACCCGUGCGUGUCGUUUGUGUUUCAGGGAGCAGUACUUAUUCAACGUAUUCGAAGUGAUCGUCUCGACGCUGGAGAGCAAGCUGCAGAGGAUAGAGAACCUCGACAAAGCAGUCGAACAUCUCAUGCGGCGAGUGGAGGCCCUCGAUUCGAGAGUCGCCGACAACCUCGACAAGACCGAUUCCAUCAUCGCCAAACUGCGAACGCUCGAUGUGAAGCUCUUCCAGGUGAUGCCGGGGACGAUCAGCAAAGUGAACACGGUGAACAACGGCAAAGACGACUACGCGGAGAAGAUCCAGGUGAACACGAACCUGGACAUGAAGCUCAUCGCGCUGCUGGCGAAGGUGAACAACAUCGACAACAAGCUGGCGUCGAUGAAGACGCAGCUGGACUCGAACUUCGUGGCCGCCGACGACAUCAACGCCGAGGCCUCGGAGAAGAAGCCGGUGAGCAUGAACAUGUGGGAGCUCCCCAAGCUCCUCACCUCGGAGCUCGACCAGAUCCGCGGGAACACGGCCAACGUCGACCGCAAGCUCCAGUACCACAUCAACCUCGUCUCCGAGAACCUCCAGAAGAUGCUCAACAUGGUCAAGGAUGUCCACGAGGCCGUCGUCGAGCAACCCGCGUCGCUGCCGCACAGGCACAAGAACGGUACCACCACUACCACUCAGGCCCCGCAGCCGGUCCUGAAAGGGAACAAGCUGGACAAGCUGAUGAACCAGAUGUCGCCGAUCCUGUCGGUCUCGGAGAAGAUGGACGAGGUGUGGGACGUGGUGGUCGGGACCAAGUCCUCGGUGGACGACCUCGUGCCCAAGUCGGACGAGCUCCUGACCCAGACGCAGCGGCAGGAGCGGGCCAUCAGCGACAUCCACGCCGACCUCCGGCAGAAGACGAACAAGAUCAUCGCCAACCUGGACAGCGUCGAGAAGCGGCUCAAGAAGCAGGAGGAGGACGUCGUCUCCCUCGCCCAGCGCCCCGUCGCCGCCGAGCUCCUCCUCGACCCCACCAUCGACCGACUCGUCGAGUACGACGCCAGCAGGUAUUCAGCGGACGAUGUUUCCCUGACGGAGCCGCCUCUCCCGGUGACGCUGACGACUCCGACGUCGACGAUCUCGAUCACGUCGACCGUCUCGCCGACGACCGGUUUCGUGGUGCCGACGACGAAGGCGCCCUCCAGGAACCGCGGCGUCAUCUUCCCCAGCGUCAAGAACAAGCCCUCGCCCGCCAACACCACCUUCGCCACGGAGAUCUUCCCGUCCAUCAGGGAUGUCAAGGGUUUCUCAUGUCUGGAUAUCUGGAACGCUGGGAUGAAGACCUCGGGCGUCUACUACCUCCAGAUACGCGGCACAACUUUCUGGUACUUGAAGGUAUUCUGCGAUCAAGAGACAGCAGAUGGAGGAUGGACGCUGAUCCAACGAAGGGACGACUUCGAUGACCCACGGGAGAAUUUCAACCGUGAUUGGGCCGACUACAAGAACGGAUUCGGCGACCCGACCAAAGAAUUCUGGCUGGGUAACGAGAACAUCUACAUGCUCACCAACAACGAGGAAUACAUGCUCCGGGUGGAGCUGGAGGACUUCGAAGGCAACAAAAGGUAUGCUCAAUACUCGCAUUUCAAGAUCUACUCAGAAAACGAUUACUACAAACUUGAAAUCGACGGCUACGAAGGCAACGCUGGCGACUCUCUGAAUGAUCCUUGGUAUGGCAGCAAUAACAGCCCCUUCUCCACGUAUAACAGAGACAAUGACCGGUCUAGUUUGAACUGCGCCUCAAUGCUGAAAGGAGGAUGGUGGUGGAAGUCGUGUGGACGAGGGCUAAAUGGACUCUAUCUGAAUGACCCUCAAGAUUUGACUGCUAGGCAAGGUAUUGUUUGGUUCAGAUGGAGAGGAUGGGACUACACGCUUAAGAAGUCAACGAUGAUGAUCAAACCAAAGGUGGCCGGAAACUCACCAUGAUUUGCAAAAGCGAUGCACUAUCUGUGCCAUCAAGAAUCAAUACCAAAAAUGUUAAGAUAAACAAACUAUCGAAAGAAAAACUGGUGCAUAAAUGAUCAGAGCAUCCAAGCUGAAUGAACAUUCAGUGACAGUUGAAACCUUGAAGUUGUUUUUAGUUUUAUUAUUUACCAAGGUUAUCCUCCGCAGCAAAAGAAUAUGUAAUAUUCCUGAAACUUUUCCUUUAAGUGCAAUAAAUUAUCUAGGUUAGAAAAAAGAAGGGAAAAGAUUAGGGAAAAUUGUAGGUACAUAUUACGUUUAGAAGCAGGAGACAAGUUAAUAAUAGCUCUUCCAACCUGUUUUUGGUGCCCGUCUAAGAAUUCAUUGCGGUGAAUUUAUUUAGUUUUUGCUGUACUUCCUAUGAUUAAUUUAAGUGCCUUCACAUAAUGAAGCAGAAAUCUACUUCCCUCUUAUGAAUACUAAAUUUAAAAUGGCAAUAAUCUUAGGAUUACUCCCAUGGUGCUUUCCUGUACCCCCAAUCAAGAAAUUAAAAAUUUAAAAUGCUCUAAAACUUAAUUUCGUUCAACUCAAAAAAGAGCUAACAAAAGCUUAGUUCAGUUCCUCUAACCAUCACUUUACUUUCAUCUCCGAUUGUUAGAAAAUCUGUACCUGUUUAUCAUAGAUCCCGUCAGUAAUGCCUCACAGAUUAGAAUCCUAAUCAAAUCUGCUGCAAUUUUACUUUAUUUUCUCUAAAAAUAUUUUAAAGUUU